AGCAAUUAGGAAAUCACGGGGAUCAACAGAUUGCAAAGCCAAGUGGUACCGUACCGGUAUACCAUACAUGCACUGGAGUUUGGCAACUGUGUGAGCGUGAGCGGUAAGCUAACAUCCCGUACGCCAGACUUUCCCCGAUGAUGGCAGAUGGGGAGCCCGCUUGUCACCGAGUGGUGUUUCUUGGAGCUGGUAGGAGCCCGUCGAUCCUCACUGAAACUGUCUCUCUUCCCGAGUUAAAACCAGGAGAAAUUUUAGCCAAAGUGCGUCUUGCAACAAUAUGUUCCUCAGAUCUGCAUACCAUCCACGGGAAAAGAAAGGCGGAUAUCCCGUGUGCACUUGGCCAUGAAGGAGUGUUGGAGGUCGUUGCUCACAAGAGAGGUAGUGAAAGUAGGCUUGAAGUGGGACAGAGGAUAACUUUCACUGUCGUUGAUGUCUGUCAUAAUUGCAGGAGAUGCCAGGCUGGUCUUCCUCAAAAGUGUUUGUCAUUUUUCAAGUAUGGCCACAGUCAGAUCACCAGUCAAAGAAGUCUUAGCGGUUGCUAUGCAACCCACAUAGUCUUGCAUCCAGGCACCUGCAUUUUUCCAAUUCCUGAUCACAUCACGGACAAGAUGGCUGCUCCAAUAAACUGUUCCCUAGCUACCAUGGUGAAUGCUGUUUCAUCUUUCUCACACCGAGAUGCAAGCUCCCAGUCCGUCCUUUUACAGGGAGCGGGUCUACUAGGUGUGUAUGGAUGUGCUCUCCUUCACAGUCUUGGCUUCGGAAGGGUGUAUGUCAGUGAUGUCGAUGGGAAGAGACUGAGUACCAUUCCCCUGUUUGGAGGGACCCCCAUCGUAGCAGGAGAUGAAUCUGUAUGCUUCAAGGAGGAUGAACUGGAUAUUGUGAUAGAGGUAUGUGGAGUUAGUGGCAUCAUUAAAUCUGGUAUACAACUUCUCAAGCCAGGCGGAAUCUAUGUCCUAGUUGGACUUGUACAUCCAGACUCCUACAUGAAUAUAACAGCUGAAGCUAUUAUUAGAAAAUGCCUUACUAUAAAAGGUAUCCAUAACUAUGCCCCCGAGCACCUAGAAAAGGCAAUAGCAUUCAUGUCAAAGUUCAGCAGGAAGUACCCAUUUGAAGAGAUCGUUGGAGUCAUCUACCCGAUAUCUGAAUACGAGACUGCCUUCCAAAAAGCAAGAGAAGGGUCAUUCAGACGAGUGGGUUUGGACCCAAGUUUGCACUCAUAAUUGAGUCCUUCAUUAAAGGCCUAUGCUGGGUCAGUCAGAUGAGUGGUUUUGGACCCACAUUUACAUUCGUAACUUAAUCAGUCAUUAAAGGCUAAUGCUGGGUUAUUCAGACGAGUGGUUUUGGACCCAAGUUUACACUCAUGACUUGACCGUUCAUUGAAGGCUAAUGCUGGGUCAUUCAGACGAGUGGAUUUGGACCCAAGUUUACACUCGUAACUUAAUCAUUCAUUGAAGAAAUAGGCUUGGUCAUUUAGAUGUGUGGAUUUGGACCCAAGUUUACACUCAUGACUUGAUUGUUCAUUGAAGGCUAAUACUGGGUCAUUCAGACUAGUGGAUUUGGACCUAAGUUUGCACUCAUGACUUAAUCAUUCAUUGAAUAAAUAGGCUAGGUCAUUUAGAUGUGUGGAUUUGGACCCAAGUUUACUCCCAUCACUUGACUCUUCAUUGAAUGUCAAGACUAGGUCAUUCAGAUGAGUGGAUUGGAACCAAAGUUUACAAUCAUUUAAUAUCUGAAUGAAUUUUAUGCCUGGCUCAUUUGGACAAGUGAGUUUCAACCCAAGUUUAUGCUCAUAGUAUAAUUGUAAUCAUAGAAUAUGUGCCAGUUCAUGCAGAGUUUCAGACAAGUCAGUUUAGAGCCAAGCUUAUAAUCUUAACUUAGUCAAUGAAGCAAUUAAAAAAAAACCCUGCUUUUUUACCAACAAUUGUUUUGAUAGGAGAGUCUGCAAAAUUAAGGCAA